AUGGGACGAGCUUGGCUGACAUGCGCAGAACCCCACGAUGCCCAAGCUGGGCGCCGUGGGCACGCCGUACGCGCGCACCGUCAAGCCCGGCAAGAAGAACACGGGCGCGCUGCCGGACCCCGAGACGGUGUACGAGUCGGUCAUGGCGCGGGGCGAGUUCAAGAAGAACCCCAACAACGUGUCGAGCAUCCUGUGGUACUGGACCUCUUCUGGACCAACUCCAAGGACGGCAACACCAACGACUCGUCGUCGUACCUCGACCUGUCGCCGCUGUACGGCAACUCCAAGGAGGCGCUCGACUCGAUCCGCACGUUUGAGCACGGCAAGCUCAAGCCCGACACGUUUGCGGACCGCCGGCUGCUGGGCAACCCGCCGGGCGUGUGCAUCCUGCUCAUCAUGUUCAACCGCUUCCACAACCACGUGGCGGAGCAGCUCGCCGCCAUCAACGACAACAACCGCUUCGCGCGGCCGUCCGGGCAGGGCACGGCCGAGGAGACGGCCAAGGCGUGGGCGCGGCGCGACGAGGAGCUCUUCCAGACGGCGCGGCUCAUCACGUCGGGCCUGUACAUCAACAUCACGCUCGUCGACUACGUGCGCAACAUCAUCAACCUCAACCGCGUCGACACGGAGUGGACGCUGGACCCGCGCCAGGAGAUGGGCGUGUCGGCGGGCACCGCCAAGGGCUCCGAGAGCGGCGUCGGCAACGCCGUGUCGGCCGAGUUCAACCUGUGCUACCGCUGGCACUCGUGCAUCUCGCAGAUGGACGACCAGUGGAUCCAGGACUUUUACAGCCACCUGCUGGGCGACGACUACGGCGAGAUGAACCUGCAGGUGCUCAUGGCCGCCGUCAAGAAGUUUGAGGCGUCGAUGCACCCGGACCCGGGCCGGCGCGAGUUUGACAACAUGCGGCGCGGGCCCGACGGCCGGUUCCACGACGACGACCUGGUGCAGCGCCUCGCCACGGCCAUUGAGCAGCCCGGCGGCGCGUUUGGCGCGCGCAACGUGCCGCGCAUCAUGAAGCCGGUCGAGAUGCUCGGCAUCAUCCGCGGCCGCCGCUGGAACCUGGCCGGCCUCAACGAGUUUCGCAAGCACUUUGGCCUCAAGGCGUACGCCACCUUUGAGGACAUCAACUCGGACCCCGAGGUCGCCGACGCGCUGCGCAACCUGUACCAGCACCCGGACCACGUCGAGCUGUACCCGGGCAUCGUCGCCGAGGAGGGCAAGACGCCCAUGGUGCCGGGCGUGGGCAUCGCGCCCACCUACACCAUCUCGCGCGUCGUGCUGUCCGACGCCGUGUCGCUGGUGCGCGGCGACCGCCACUACACGACCGACUACCACGCCGGCUACCUGACGCAGUGGGGGUUCAACGAGGCCAACUACGACUUCAAGACGAACCACGGCUGCGUCUUCUACAAGCUCUUCCUGCGCGCGUUCCCGGACCACUUCCGCCCGGACUCGGUCUACGCGCACUACCCCAUGGUCAUCCCGCCGGAGAACCGCAAGAUCCUGACGACGCUCAAGCGCGCCGACCGCUUCAGCUGGGAGCGGCCGCAGCGCCGCGCGCGCGUCGUCCGCGUCUCGUCGCCGGCCGCGGCCCGGCAGGUGCUCGGCGACGACCAGCGGUACCGCGUGGCGUGGACGGGGCUGGAGCCGCUCGUGGGCCACGCGCGCCUGUCGGCCGACGCGCUGGACCCGGCGCGCCUCGACGUGCUGCUGUUCAAGGGCGAGUGGCGGGCGUCCAUCAAGGCGUUUUAUGCGGCCACGGCGGAGCGGCUGUUUGCGGACAAGACGCACCGCCUCAACGGCAGGCAGCAGGUCGACGUGGUGCGCGACGUGGGCAACCUCGCGCACACGCACUUUGCGGCGCGGCUGUUCAACCUGCCGCUCAAGACCAGGGAGAACCCCAAGGGCGUCUUUGCGGAGCAGGAGCUGUACGCGGCGCUGGCGACCAUCUUCGCGGCGCUGUUCCGCGACCUGGACCCCAUGCGCUCGUUUCCGCUGCGCGCCCGGGCCAAGGAGCUGGCGUCGCAGCUGGGCAGCAUCGUCGAGACCAACGUCAAGCUGGCCACGACGCUCGGCGUCGGCGGGCUGUUCACGGCCAAGCCCAACAAGGCCAAGGACGACCUGUCGGCGUACGGCGUGCACCUCGUCAAGGGGCUCGCCAAGGGCGGGCUCAAGGCGCACGACAUCACCUGGGGCCAGGUCAUCCCCGCGGCGGCGGCGCUGGUGCCGACCGAGGCGCAGGUGUUUGCCGAGGCGGUCGACUACUACCUGACGCCGGCGGGGCAGCGGCACGCCGACGAGCUUCACCGGCUGGCGGCGUCGACGCCGAGCGCCGAGACGGACGCGCUGCUGCUGGGGUACGCGCUCGAGGGCGCGCGCCUGGGCGGGCCGCCGGGCGUGUACCGCGAGGCGACCGCCGUCGACAGCGUGGACGGGGCGGCGGUGCAGGCGGGCGACGGGGUGUGGGUGACGACGGCGGCGGCGGCGGGACACGGACACGGACACGGACAGGGAGGCGACGACGCCGCCCGGGUGGACCCGCGGCGGGCGAUGGACGCCUACCCCUGGUUCGGGGCCGAGUCGCGGCGCGAGGUCAGCGAGCUGGCGCUGGUGGAGCUGUUCCGGGCGGCGUUCCGGCGGAGGCUGCGGCGGGUGCCGGGGGCGCAGGGCGAGCUCAAGCGCGUGCCGGGCGGGUAUCUGACGGAGGACUGGGGCGACGAGGUGCCGUUCCCGGCGGCGAUGAAGGUGAUUUGGGAGUAG